GGUUUUCAGGCAGAGUGCUGUCCUCCAUGGCAGAACGCGACCAUGGCGUCCGCGGGGUCUUUUUAGACGGCGGGCGCAAGCCGUGCUGCGGCGUGGGGCGGAAGCGCGGUCUCCAGCGGGCAACUUGGACUCUGACCCAGCCGGUGGUAGCAUUAUGGAUACUGACUUAUAUGAUGAGUUUGGGAAUUAUAUUGGACCUGAACUUGAUUCUGAUGAAGAUGAUGAUGAAUUGGGCAGAGAGACCAAAGAUCUUGAUGAGAUGGAUGAUGAUGAUGAUGAUGAUGAAGUGGGAGAUCAUGAUGAUGAUCAUCCUGGAAUGGAGGUGGUGCUGCAUGAGGACAAGAAGUACUAUCCCACAGCAGAGGAGGUGUAUGGUCCUGAGGUGGAGACCAUAGUUCAAGAGGAAGACACCCAGCCUCUCACAGAACCCAUCAUUAAGCCAGUGAAAACCAAGAAAUUCACUCUGAUGGAGCAGACAUUACCUGCCACAGUAUAUGAAAUGGACUUCUUGGCAGAUCUAAUGGAUAACUCGGAGCUCAUUAGAAAUGUAACCCUUUGUGGCCACCUCCACCAUGGCAAGACAUGUUUUGUAGAUUGUUUAAUAGAGCAGACUCAUCCAGAAAUCAGAAAACGCUAUGACCAAGAUCUGUGCUACACUGACAUCCUCUUUACCGAGCAAGAGAGAGGUGUUGGCAUCAAAAGUACUCCUGUGACAGUGGUCUUACCAGAUACCAAAGGAAAAUCUUAUCUCUUCAAUAUUAUGGACACACCAGGACAUGUGAAUUUUUCUGAUGAAGUAACAGCUGGCUUGCGUAUUUCUGAUGGAGUAGUCCUUUUCAUUGAUGCUGCUGAAGGCGUGAUGCUGAACACAGAGCGACUGAUCAAACAUGCGGUGCAGGAGAGGCUGGCUGUGACUGUGUGUAUCAACAAGAUUGACCGGCUGAUCCUAGAGCUGAAGUUGCCGCCAACUGAUGCUUACUACAAGCUGCGCCACAUUGUAGAUGAGGUCAAUGGACUCAUAAGCAUGUAUUCAACCGAUGAGAACCUGAUCCUAUCCCCUCUCCUGGGCAACGUCUGCUUCUCCAGCUCCCAGUAUAGCAUCUGCUUCACGCUGCGCUCCUUUGCCAAGAUUUAUGCCGACACCUUUGGUGACAUUAACUAUCAGGAAUUUGCCAAAAGACUGUGGGGUGACAUCUACUUCAACCCCAAGACGCGAAAAUUUACCAAGAAGGCACCAACCAGCAGCUCUCAGAGGAGCUUCGUGGAAUUUAUUUUGGAGCCCCUUUAUAAGAUCCUUGCACAGGUUGUGGGUGAUGUGGAUACCAGCCUCCCAAGGACUCUGGAUGAACUUGGCAUACACCUGACCAAGGAGGAACUGAAGCUGAACAUCCGCCCCCUGCUCAGACUGGUGUGCAAAAAAUUCUUUGGCGAGUUUACAGGCUUUGUGGACAUGUGUGUGCAGCAUAUCCCCUCUCCAAAGGUGGGUGCCAAGUCCAAGAUUGAGCACACCUACACCGGCGGUGUGGACUCCGACCUUGGCGAGGCCAUGAGCGACUGUGAUCCUGACGGUCCUCUGAUGUGCCACACUACCAAGAUGUACAGCACAGAUGAUGGAGUUCAGUUUCAUGCCUUUGGCCGGGUCCUCAGUGGCACCAUCCACGCUGGGCAGCCUGUGAAGGUGCUGGGGGAGAACUACACCCUGGAGGAUGAGGAAGACUCCCAGAUAUGCACUGUGGGACGACUUUGGAUCUCCGUAGCCAGGUACCACAUUGAGGUGAAUCGUGUUCCUGCUGGCAACUGGGUUCUGAUUGAAGGUGUUGAUCAACCAAUUGUGAAGACGGCGACCAUAACUGAACCCCGAGGCAAUGAGGAGGCUCAGAUUUUCCGGCCCCUGAAGUUCAACACCACAUCUGUUAUCAAGAUUGCUGUGGAGCCUGUAAAUCCCUCUGAACUACCUAAAAUGUUAGACGGCCUGCGCAAAGUCAACAAGAGCUACCCGUCGCUCACCACCAAGGUGGAAGAGUCUGGUGAGCACGUGAUUCUAGGUACUGGCGAGCUCUAUCUGGACUGUGUGAUGCACGAUUUGCGGAAGAUGUACUCAGAGAUAGACAUCAAGGUGGCUGACCCUGUCGUCACAUUUUGUGAAACAGUGGUGGAAACAUCUUCGCUCAAGUGCUUUGCUGAAACACCCAAUAAGAAGAACAAAAUCACCAUGAUUGCUGAGCCUCUUGAAAAGGGCCUUGCAGAGGAUAUAGAGAAUGAGGUGGUCCAGAUCACAUGGAACAGGAAGAAGCUGGGAGAGUUCUUCCAGACCAAGUAUGAUUGGGAUCUGCUGGCUGCCCGUUCCAUUUGGGCUUUUGGCCCUGAUGCCACCGGCCCCAACAUUCUGGUAGAUGACACCCUGCCCUCUGAGGUGGACAAGGCUCUUCUUGGCUCAGUGAAAGACAGCAUCGUUCAAGGUUUCCAGUGGGGAACCCGAGAGGGCCCCCUCUGUGAUGAGUUGAUUCGAAAUGUCAAGUUUAAGAUCCUGGAUGCAGUGGUUGCCCAGGAGCCCCUGCACCGGGGUGGGGGCCAGAUCAUCCCUACUGCCAGGAGAGUUGUCUACUCAGCCUUCCUCAUGGCCACUCCUCGUCUUAUGGAGCCCUACUACUUUGUAGAGGUACAGGCCCCUGCAGACUGUGUCUCCGCUGUGUACACUGUGUUGGCCAGGCGCAGGGGCCAUGUGACUCAGGAUGCACCCAUCCCAGGCUCUCCUCUCUACACCAUCAAAGCUUUUAUCCCAGCCAUUGAUUCUUUUGGCUUUGAGACUGAUCUGCGGACUCACACCCAAGGGCAGGCCUUUUCUCUGUCCGUCUUCCACCAUUGGCAGAUUGUACCUGGUGAUCCUCUAGACAAGAGUAUCGUUAUCCGCCCCUUGGAACCACAGCCAGCUCCUCACCUGGCCCGGGAAUUCAUGAUUAAAACACGUCGUAGGAAGGGCCUGAGUGAAGAUGUGAGCAUCAGCAAGUUCUUCGAUGAUCCUAUGUUGCUGGAGCUUGCCAAGCAAGAUGUUGUGCUCAACUAUCCCAUGUGAAUGCCAGGACUACUGGCAGCUCCUGCUCUCUACAGUGGGCUGCAGCUCCUGGAAUUGAAGCUGCUGCCUAUUAGCCUAUUAUGACUUGGUCUUCACGUUGUCAAAGCAUCCGGGAGCUUUUGUGGCCAUCUUUAACAAUCCAGAUGCUUUCAGCCCAGAGCCCCAGUGAAGGAAAGAGCACUGGCUUCCUAGUCUCUUCUCUGGCCUCUGCCUGGCUCCACUCCCAAGAAACAAACUGGAAUUUGGGCUCAAAAGGGAUCAAAGUCUUUAACCCCAAGGGGCCUGUCUUCAGGAUUUAGGUGGGGAAAAAAGUGGGUUUUUUUGUUUUUUUUUUAGUUUGACCUUAAACAUGGUUUAUAAGUGAACAGAA